UCAGAUACACCAAAAUGAAGACUGCUACCAACAUCUACAUUUUCAACCUUGCUCUAGCAGAUGCCUUAGCAACCAGUACCCUGCCCUUCCAGAGUGUCAAUUACCUAAUGGGAACAUGGCCAUUUGGAACCAUCCUCUGGAUUGUGAUCUCCAUAGAUUACUAUAAUAUGUUCACCAGCAUCUUUACCCUCUGUACCAUGAGUGUUGAUCGCUACAUCGCAGUCUGCCAUCCCGUCAAGGCUCUGGAUUUCCGUACUCCCCGCAAUGCCAAAAUAGUCAAUGUUUGCAACUGGAUCCUCUCUUCAGCCAUUGGUUUGCCUGUAAUGUUUAUGGCAACAACAAAGUACAGGCAUGGUUCCAUAGAUUGUACACUCACAUUCUCUCACCCAACCUGGUACUGGGAAAACCUGCUGAAAAUCUGCGUUUUCAUCUUUGCCUUUAUCAUGCCUGUCCUCAUCAUUACAGUGUGUUAUGGACUGAUGAUCUUACGCCUCAAGAGCGUCCGUAUGCUCUCUGGCUCCAAAGAAAAAGACAGGAAUCUGCGAAGAAUCACCAGGAUGGUGCUGGUAGUUGUGGCUGUGUUCAUUGUCUGCUGGACUCCCAUUCACAUUUACGUCAUCAUUAAAGCCUUGAUCACAAUCCCAGAAACUACAUUCCAGACUGUUUCCUGGCACUUCUGCAUUGCUCUAGGUUACACAAACAGCUGCCUGAACCCAGUCCUUUAUGCAUUUCUGGAUGAAAACUUCAAACGAUGCUUCAGAGAGUUCUGUAUCCCAACCUCCUCCACCAUUGAGCAACAAAACUCCACUCGAAUCCGUCAGAACACUAGAGACCACCCCUCCACGGCCAAUACAGUGGAUAGGACUAACCAUCAGCUAGAAAAUCUGGAAGCAGAAACUUCUCCAUUGCCCUAA